AUGAUGAAUAACAAUAAUCGGAAACCCUAAUCAUAAAAGGAUACGAGAAGUAAGGUGAACUCUGGGGUGAAUCGCAAGAAUGAGAGUCCUUAAAAAAGAGUGCAAUCUGCAGUUUAAUCAGUAUACAAUAAUAUUAUAUAGGCUGAUAAAUCAGUUGACUCAAGCGGAAAUCUAACAGAACAACUUAAUAACAUAGUGCAGGAUUAUUUGUUGAGAUCUAAUUGUAUUAAAACAUUAGAGCAAUUCAAAAUUGAAUCACAAUUUGCAACUGAACAAAGUAAUGAAACCGAACAUAUAAUUUUGGGGCAUUUCGAUAGAGGAGAAAGAGAUAAGUUUUUCGAAUCUUGGAGUCGAUACAUCCCUAUUUCACAACGACAAGACCAUGAUUCUUGGAAAUUGGAGUUCUUCAUAUAGAUCUAUUUCUUUAUCUAUCCUAUUCAUCCAUUGUUCAAGAGGAAAGGUUAGAUUGAUAAGUAUUCGAUUAAUCAAUUCAAAACCUACCUCGACACAAAAGGAGGUGAUUUAUCGAAAACAAAUGAAGUUCUUUCAUUCUAUGCAUUACCAUAUGUAAAAAAUCCAUAAACCCAUCAAUCCUUCUAGCAUCUAUUCACUCAUGAAUGGGUAUCGGAUUUGAGAAUAAAAUUAAAGGAAUUUAUUUAAUCUAUCUAUGGAUCAGAUCAACAUGGUAGUGUUUUAAAAAGAUUGGUUUUAUCAAAGGAAGGAUCCACGAACAAUUAACAAUAAAAUGAUCAAAAGCGUGUCAUAGAAAUGAAAUAAUUGUAAUAAGAGAACUUUGAACUCAAAAAGAAGAAUAACCAAUAGAUUUAGGCAUUACAAGAAUUGAAUCAUCUAGCCUAAAAAAAUUUAACGGAAGCUUAAAAAAAAUGGUUCUCUUUGACAGGGGAAAUGCUGAAGAUGCAGAAAGAGAUGUUGAAAUACAUAGAAAGCAAUAAGAAGAUACCUGAGCAGAUACAAUAAUUCAAAAAGAAGAUUACUUCCUAUGACAAGUUCUUUAGUUAGAAUUUGGAAGACUUGGUGAAUAAAUCCGAGGACAUUUCUCUGUUUAAUAACAUAACCUAACCAGAUCAUGACCUAUCUGAAAUUACAAAUUAGCAAUGUAUAUUAUAGUUGUUACUAUAUUAAUAGAGAUUAAUCCAGUUCAACAGUCAAUAGAGGAGUAUAUUCCUUUAAAUUAUGGCAAAAUCAUUUCAUUGUUCACAAAGUCUCAGAAUUCAGUAUUAAUAGCUACAGUAUUGCAAGCAUUGAGAUGGAGAAUUACCAGAGCUAGAAGUGCUUUGGAGAGAAGGUCUGUUGUAGUUGCUUAUUAAACUCACGAUUUGAUAGGAACUCAUUAACGCAACAUCAUUUUAGCUUAGCAUUUAAUGUUCAAAGCAGCCCCUGUGAUCUAAUGUUAAACAUUAAAAUUAAUGAAUGCUUUGGCAUCAGAUUACGAUGGUAGAACUUAUUUAAUAUCCAAUUCUCAACUCAUAAAGUUACUAAUUGAAUUAAUCAAAAAAGAUUAGACUGAUUCAAUAAAAAGGAAAAAUGCCAUCGGGACUUUACAGAAAUUAUCGUUAAGAAAACAAAGCCAAAUUUGGAUGCUUGAUAACGAUAUCAUUUAUGUGGCUUUGACAAUCUUAUAAAGAGUAUGAAAAAAUAAUAUUAUAAAUAGGAGAAAUUUAAUCUUAGUGAAUACACAUAUGAAUACAUAACUGCGUUGAUAAUGAAUUUAUCGUUGAGUUCAAGGGGUCGUGAUGCUUUGUCUAUGAAUAAAGAAUUAGCUUUUGAAGUGCUUUUUGAAUUAAUUGAAUAUCCCAAUGAUUAGAUUAGAACCUUCACAAAUGGAACAUUCUAUUCUAUGUUUAGUAGGAGAGAACUGAGAGAUUAUGCAUAUCAACUAAAUAUCCCUCAAGAAUUACCUAAGUUAUUGUCUGUUAGUGAAGAGAGAUUCAAGAAAUAGAUUUAAUAUAUGAUUGAACAAUUAGAGAGCAAUGAAGACGAUUAUGAGCAGUCACAAUUGGAGGAGGAUAAUGAUGUGGAUGAUUUAGAAGAUGACGAAGAAUGUCCAGUUGACGAUGAAGAUGAAGAUGACUUAGAGAACAACGAUAUGGUUGUUGGAGAAGAGUUAUUGAAGAAUGAAUUUGCAUUGGAUAAUGAACAAGCAGAAUAACAAAGACAAUUGAUGGAAUCCAUAAUGCAAAAGGAAUUGCAAUAGAGAAGCAUCUAUCAAGAGUAAAUGAGGGAUUCUCAACUAGAAAAAAUGCCUAUUGGAUGUAAGAAUAAUAUAUUUUAUCAUUUUAUGUAGAAGGUCCAUUCAUAGCUGAUAGUCUAGCAUAAAUUCAUCCUCAUCAAAAACAAGUGUAACCAUAAGCUCAGGCUUUCGUAUCUAGACCAAAAAUACCUAGAACUCCUCCCAUUUAAUAAUAUUAUUAAAAUUGA